AAGAAAAAUGUCCUGCAGAACCAGGAGUCGGACCUGACAUCCAGGAAGGACCAACUAGACUUUCUCCAGUCAGACCUCCAAACACAGAGAGACAACAUGGAAGAGAUGAUGAAGGCCAUAAAAGAGCAGCAGAGUGACCUAACAGAAAGGAAAGCUGAGAUCGACCAGCAACACAUAGAGCUGAAUAAUAUGAUGGAUAUCCACAACAAGGAAAAGAUUGAACUUGACCGAAUCAGGGCUGACAUAGAAGAAAAGACAGAAGCAAUUGAGAUUACCGUCAAAGAAAAAUUAGGUGCAGAAAGAGAAGAACUUGAGAAACUGAAAAAUAGACUGCAUGAAGAAAGACAGGAAAUUGAAAACAACAAACAUGCCAUGAUGAAAGAAAAGGAUGAGUUGGAAAACUGGAAAAAUGAUCUUCAGAAACAAUGGAACGAGCUGCGUCCUUACAAGGAAAACAUUGAAAGUGAAAAGGAUGAACUUCAAAAGAAGAUGGCUGAGGUGGAAGAAAAGUCAAAUAACAUUGAGAAUAUGAUGCAGGAGAUGAUGAAAGAGAAAGAGAGAAUGGAAGAACAAGCACAGGCUCUACAACAAGAAAAGGACGUCUUCCAGAGUGUUGCUGAAGAAACAGAAAGAAUGAAGGUUGAAUUUGAAAAGUGUAGUAUUGAAAUUCAGAAACAAAAACUAGAAUUAGCAGAAAGCAAACUCAUUCUUGAGGCAGAAACUCGUGAUUUGGAGAUGAAAAAGUCAGAAAUGGAUGUAGAAAUGAACAUGUUACAAAAUGAAAAAGUGAAACAGAGGCAAGAGUAUGAAAACCUACUGAAAGAAAUACAGGAAGAGAAGGACACUCUGAAACAACUUCAAGAAGAAACAGAAUCAAAGAAAAAUGUCCUGCAGAACCAGGAGUCGGACCUGACAUCCAGGAAGGACCAACUAGACUUUCUCCAGUCAGACCUCCAAACACAGAGAGACAACAUGGAAGAGAUGAUGAAGGCCAUUAACGAGCAGCAGAGUGACCUAACAGAAAGGAAAGCUGAGAUCGACCAGCAACAAAUAGAGCUGAAUAAUAUGAUGGAUAUCCACAACAAGGAAAAGAUUGAACUUGACCGAAUCAGGGCUGAAAUAGAAGAAAAGACAGAAGCAAUUGAGAUUACCGUCAAAGAAAAAUUAGGUGCAAAAAGAGAAGAACUUGAGAAACUGCAAAAUAGACUGCAUGAAGAAAGACAGGAAAUUGAAAACACCAAACAUGCCGUGAUGAAAGACAAGGAUGAGUUGAAAAAGUUGAAAAACGAUCUUCAGAAACAAUGGGACGAGCUGCGUCCUUACAAGGAAAACAUUCAAAUUGAAAAGGAUGAACUUCAAAAGAAGAUGGCUGAGGUGGACGAAAAGUCAAAUAACAUUGAGAAUAUGAUGCAGGAGAUGAUGCAGGAGAAAGAGAGAUUGGACGAAAGAGCACAGAUUCUACAACAAGAAAAGGAUGUCCUCCAGAGUGUUGCUGAAGAAACAGAAAGAAUGAAGGUUGAAUUUGAAAAGUGUAGUAUUGAAAUUGAGAAACAAAAACAAGAAUUAGCAGCAAACAAACUCAUUCUUGAGGCAGAAACCUGUGAUUUGGAGAUGAAAAAGUCAGAAAUGGAUAUAGAAAUGAACAUGUUACAAAAUGAAAAAGUGACACAGAGGCAAGAAUAUGAAAACCUACUGAAAGAAAUACAGGAAGAGAAGGACACUCUGAAACAACUUCAAGGAGAGACUGAAUCGAAGAAAAAUUUCCUGCAGAACCAGGAGUCGGACUUGACCUCCAGGAAGGAGCAGCUAGACUUUCUCCAGUCAGACCUCCAAACACAGAGAGACAACAUGGAAGAGAUGAUGAAGGCCAUUAACGAGCAGCAGAGUGACCUAACAGAAAGGAAAGCUGAGAUCGACCAGCAACAAAUAGAGCUGAAUAAUAUGAUGGAUAUCCACAACAAGGAAAAGAUUGAACUUGACCGAAUCAGGGCUGACAUAGAAGAAAAGACAAAAGCAAUUGAGAUUACCGUUAAAGAAAAACUAGGUGCAGAAAGAGAAGAACUUGAGAAACUGAAAAAUAGACUGCAUGAAGAAAGACAGGAAAUUGAAAACAACAAACAUGCCAUGAUGGAAGACAAGGAUGAGUUGGAAAACUUGAAAAAUGAUCUUCAGAAACAAUGGGACGAGCUGCGUCCUUACAAGGAAAACAUUCAAAUUGAAAAGGAUGAACUUCAAAAGAAGAUGGCUGAGGUGGAAGAAAAGUCAAAUAACAUUGAGAAUAUGAUGCAGGAGAUGAUGCAGGAGAAAGAGAGAAUGGAUGAACAAGCACAGGCUCUACAACAACAAAAGGACGUCUUCCAGAGUGUUGCUGAAGAAACAGAAAGAAUGAAGGUUGAAUUUGAAAAGUAUAGUAUUGAAAUUCAGAAACAAAAACUAGAAUUAGCAGAAAGCAAACUCAUUCUUGAGGCAGAAACUCGUGAUUUGGAGAUGAAAAAGUCAGAAAUGGAUAUAGAAAUGAACAUGUUACAAAAUGAAAAAGUGAAACAGAGGCAAGAGUAUGAAAACCUACUGAAAGAAAUACAGGAAGAGAAGGACACUCUGAAACAACUUCAAGAAGAAACGGAAUCGAAGAAAAAUGUCCUGCAGAACCAGGAGUCGGACCUGACAUCCAGGAAGGUGCAACUAGACUUUCUCCAGUCAGACCUCCAAACACAGAGAGACAACAUGGAAGAGAUGAUGAAGGCCAUUAACGAGCAGCAGAGUGACCUAACAGAAAGGAAAGCUGAGAUCGACCAGCAACAAAUAGAGCUGAAUAAUAUGAUGGAUAUCCACAACAAGGAAAAGAUUGAACUUGACCGAAUCAGGGCUGAAAUAGAAGAAAAGACAGAAGCAAUUGAGAUUACCGUCAAAGAAAAAUUAGGUGCAAAAAGAGAAGAACUUGAGAAACUGCAAAAUAGACUGCAUGAAGAAAGACAGGAAAUUGAAAAUAACAAACAUGCCAUGAUGGAAGACAAGGAUGAGUUGGAAAACUUGAAAAAUUAUCUUCAGAAACAAUGGGACGAGCUGCGUCCUUACAAGGAAAACAUUGAAAUUGAAAAGGACAAACUUCAGAAAAAGAUGGCUGAGGUGGACGAAAAGUCAAAUAACAUUGAGAAUAUCAGGCAGGAGAUGAUGCAGGAGAAAGAGAGAUUGGACGAACAAGCACAAGCUCUACAAAAAGAAAAGGAUGUCCUCCAGAUUGUUGCUGAAGAAACAGAAAGAAUGAAGGUUGAAUUUGAAAAGUGUAGAAUUGAUAUUGAGAAACAAAAACAAGAAUUAGCAGAAAACAAACUCAUUCUUGAGGCAGAAACUCGUGAUUUGGAGAUGAAAAGGUCAGAAAUGGAUAUAGAAAUGAACAUGUUACAAAAUGAAAAAGUGAAACAGAGGCAAGAGUAUGAAAACCUACUGAAAGAAAUACAGGAAGAGAAGGACACUCUGAAACAACUUCAAGAAGAAACGGAAUCGAAGAAAAAUGUCCUGCAGAACCAGGAGUCGGACCUGACAUCCAGGAAGGAGCAGCUAGACUUUCUCCAGUCAGACCUCCAAACACAGAGAGACAACAUGGAAGAGAUGAUGAAGGCCAUUAACAAGCAGCAGAGUGACCUAACAGAAAGGAAAGCUGAAAUAGACCAGCAACAAAUAGAGCUGAAUAAUAUGAUGGAUAUCCACAACAAGGAAAAGAUUGAACUUGACCGAAUCAGGGCUGACAUAGAAGAAAAGAAAGAAUCAAGUGAGAUUACCGUUAAAGAAAAGCUAGGUGCAGAAAGAGAAACUGAACAAGAACUUGAGAAACUGAAAAAUAGACUGCAUGAAGAAAGACAGGAAAUUGAAAACAACAAACAUGCCAUGAUGGAAGACAAGGAUGAGUUGGAAAAGUUGAAAAGUGAUCUUCAGAAACAAUGGGACGAGCUGCGUCCUUACAAGGAAAACACUCAAAUUGAAAAGGAUGAACUUCAAAAGAAGAUGGCUGAGGUGGAAGAAAAGUCAAAUAACAUUGAGUAUAUCAUGCAGGAGAUGAUGCAGGAGAAAGAGAGAUUGGACGAACAAGCACAGGUUCUGCAAAAAGAAAAGGACGUCCUCCAGAGCGUUGCUGAAAAAACUGAUCAGAGGAAAGAUGAGCUUGAGCAGUUCAAUACCAAUAUCCAGAUUCAAAAACAACAACUUGAAGAAACCAAACUCAUAAUUGAAGAGGAAAAAAAAUAUCUGGAGAAGGAAAAGACAGAGCUCCUAAAAAACAAAAUUCAGAUAGACAAAGAAAGCGUACAACAGUUGGUCAGAGUAGAUGCUACAACACAAACUCCUGUGGUGGACAUGAGACAGGCUGUUGCAGGAUUUUCAGUAGAGUUGGAGUCUGUUGAUGUUCCUAGACCUGAUGCAGCAACAGAAACACCUCUGACAGAGAUUGAGCAGGCUGAUGGAACAACAACUACUAUGCAGUUGAAGAUGGAUGCUGCUGCAACACAGACAGUUCCCGUGGAGAUAGAGCAGGUUGAUGCUACAACACAAGCACCUAUGGAGACAGAGCAGCACGAUGAUGGUGUGGAACAAACACUUACUGUCAAGACAGAAAAGAUUGAUGUUGCAGGACACACAGUGGAAAAGAAACACAUUGAUGCAAUUACACAAACACUUACAGUUGAGACGGUCACUGCUGCAUCCCAAACAUUUGAUGUAGAGGUGAAGGCAGCUGAUGGUACAAUACAAGUGGAUGUUACAACACAGACAGUUGUGGUGGAGAAAGAACAAGUCGAUGCAGCACCAGUUGCAGUGAAGAUUGAAAUGGAUGAUGCAGCAACACAGACAAUUACUGCAGAGUCAGAACACACUGUUGCAGCACUUACAGAGGAAAUGGACAGCACUUUUGUUUUACCACCUAUGGUUAAGAUAGACAUGGCCUAUGCUACAUCUCAAACACUUACAGCAGAAGUAGAGCUGGCUGAUGCUGCAACACAAACAGAUGUGGUGAGCAUGGAUCAAACAGUGAUGGUGCCCUCAGAACAGAGAUCAGACGCAGCACCACCUGAUACUACAAAACAAAUCGUUCCAGUGACUACAGAACAGACUGAGACACCUGCAGAGGAGAUGGAACCUGCAGAUGCUGCACCACCUUUGUUUAAGAUUGAGCAGGCUGAUGCUGAAACACACACCCCUGUGGUGGAGAUCAAACAGACUGAUGCUGAAACACAAACCCAUGUGGUGGAGAUCAAACAGACUGAUGCUGAAACACAAACCCCUGUGGUGGAGAUCAAACAGACUGAUGCUGAAACACAAACCCCUGUGGUGGAGAUCAAACAGACUGAUGCUGAAAGACAAAGAGUUUCUGUAGAGACAGAACAGACUGCUGCAGCACCAUCUGAAGAAAGGAAGGAGACAACUUUAGAUAUGGAAGAAGCUUUAACAACCUUUACAGAGGAGAAAGAGAUGGUUUAUGUUACAACACCUGUUGUUGAAAUGGAGCAGGUUACUGCACCAACACCUGCAGUCCAAGAAGACAUGGCUGAAACACUUACCGUGAAGAUUGAAAUGCUUCAUACUACAACACAAACACUUGUAGUAGAAGUGGAGCAGGCUGAUGCUGAAACGCAAACUCCUGUGGUGGAGAUCAAACAGGCUGAUGCAGAGGGACCAGCAGAGAAGGAGAUGUCCAAUGCCGCAACACAAACAGCUGCUGCAGAGACAGAACAGACUGCUGCAGCAAUUGAAACAGCUGCCAUGGAGUUCGAUAAUGUUGAUGCUUCAACACAAACUCUAGUGGCAGAGGUGGAGCAUGCUGACACUGCCGCACAAACAGUCUCAAUGCCUACGGAGCUGGCUAUUACAGAGGAGAAAGAGUUCCUUGAUGUUUCAAAACCUGACGUUAAAAUGGAGCAGGCUGAUGCAGUAACACCUGUGGUACCAGAUGACAUGACUGAAACAAGAGUAUUUGCUGUGGAUAUUCGGACGGUUGAUGUUACAACACAAACAUUUGCAGGAGAAGUGGAGCAGGUUGAUGCCACAACUCAAACAUUGGUGGUGCCCGUAGAGCAGGCUAGUGAAACCCUUGCAAAGGAGAUGGAGCCUACUGAUACUACAGCACCUGAGCAAGCAGAUGCAGCACAACCAGUGAUAAAGGACACGGCUGAUGCUGCAACACAAACUCUAGCAGUAGAGGUGGGGCAAGCUGAUCCUUCAACCCAAACAAUUGCAGAACAUGUCGAGACAGCCAUAGAGGGGAUGGAACCUGCAGAUGUUGAAACAGUAUUGUUUACGAUGGAGCAAACUGAUGCUGACACUCAAACUUCUGAGGUGGAACUGAUGGAACAGGCAGAUGCAACACAAACACAUGUAAUUGAGAUGGAGAGGCCUUAUGUUGUUAAACCAGUGGUGGACAUAAAGGUCAGAGAAGGGGAUCAGAAAGAAGAAUCAAGAGAGGUGGAUGACAAGAGUGCAACUGAGAUCCAGACCAAGAGACAGAAACUGAUGGAGUCUUUAGAAGCAGUGAAAGCUGAUAUGGAGCAAAAGAGAGCCGACCUACAAAGAGAAAGGGUGGAGACGGAGAACAUCAAAAUGGUGCUGAACACUGAAAGAGAUGAGCUGGAACAGAUCAGGGCGGUAAUCCAGAGAGAGAAGGAGACAGCGAGCGGAAUAGCCAAACAGCUUCUGAAGCUAAAAGAAGACCUGGAGAGCCUUUCAUCUGAGACUCUACAGAAAAGAGCUGAGCUGGAGUUAGUCUGUGAGGAGAUUCAGAGGAAAAGGCAGGAGAAGGAGGGGGAUGAUGGAGCAGAAAUGGAGAGAGCAUAUGCUGAACAAAUUAAGGGACAAACUGAGAAAUCAGUUCAGACAGAGAUGAAGGGUGAAGAAUUAGAAGCCACCCGAGUUGCUGUGGCCAGAGACUGGCAUAAGUUGGAGACCGUGGAGAGGCAAGAACAGGAGAUUGCAAAACAAGCAGAACACAUUAAACUAAAAGAGACAGAGCUGAAGAAAACCUCAGAUGAUAUACAGCAAUCGAAGACUGCAAUGGACAUUCUACUUAAAGAGCAGAGAGAGGAGGCAGAGAAUAUAAUGGAGAGAACCCAGAGGGGAAAAUACAACCUUGCAGAGUUAACGUCACAGAUAGAGAGACAGACGGAUGAAUGGAAGCAUGUGUUAAAUGAGUGUCAGAGAAAAACGAAGGAGCUACAACUGAUUGAGGGCAAGUUGAAGGAUAUGAAGAGUAUGCUAGAGACAGACAUGGAACCUUCUAGAAAAGAAGACACGAUUGAAGAGCAAAUCAAAGAAACUGAAAGGAAAGACAUGGCAACAAUGACUUUUACAACUGCUGUAAAAAUCAUGCAACAAGAAGAUGCUGCCACACAAACACCAUAUGAAGAUCAAGGAGAGGACAUGGACCAGUUGAAGCGCUGGCAAGCGGCAUACCUCAAACAGAGGGAGGAACUUUCACAGAUAGAAAUGGAGAUAAACAGACAGCGAGUAGAAAAUGAGAACGAUAUGAGGAAAGUAGAAAAAGAUAAGGAGAUGUUGUUGAGGGACAGAGCUGAAAUUCAGAAAUGCCUACAAGAGCUAGAAAGAGGGGAGGCAACAAAAUGCCCAGAAAGGCUAAAACUUCUCACAACAGAAUGGAGACUGAGAGGCUGGGACACUGAUACACUGGAACAGAAAGAGAGAGAAACUAUAAAGACUAAAAUCACAGAAAGAGAAGAAAUUGAACAAAUGAAAAAGAAGGUACAUGAGAUGAAAGAAGAACUAGAGAGACGAUGGGAAUCCAUUGAACAGAAACAGAGGGAGAAGGUGAAAAACAGAGAGAAGUGGACCUUAGACUAGCCGACGUAGAGAAAUACAAGGAAAUGCUCCAAAGUGAGCUGAAGAAGGAUCGGCAGAGAGCCAUGGCAAGGGGAAGAGAGGUGGAGGUUAUUAAGGAGCUAAUGUUCAAGGAAAUUGAAAUACUAAGGAGCACAGACAGACGUGUCAGCACUGAGGAGCUGUGGAGACUAGCACUACAGAUAUCCCGGCUGGAGAGGUCACUGCUGAGGACCACAGACCGAGCUGUGCAGACGCAGACAGAGCAGAGCCAGAGAGGAGUGGCCACAUCUCACCUGCAGGAGGAACAGGAGGUUCGUCUGAGGUCCAAAGGGGGGAUGGUGAUGGUCAGCUCUGUGGUGGAAGGCGGACGAUGGGGGCCCAGAGAGAGCAAAGGGACACAGACAGGAAGAGUACGGCGGACUACUCUGGGUCAGAGGUUGCUGUGGUGGGUCAGGCGGCGCUGCUGUUGCUGCUGCUGUCCAACAGAACGCCGGGGACAGGAACAUCAGUGGGUGGAGCUUCACGAAGAGGAGCUCCACUAAGGGCUUUUUGGGGGAAAAAACCAUUAUGACAUACAGAAACUCACAUAUCCUUAGAGCUUGGAUGGACACAUCUCAAAGUUGCAAAGAGCAAAAUUGGGAUUUAUCAUCAACUACAUUUAUUUUUUUGCACUUUCUUGCCUCGAUAAUUUUGAGAAAUUGUAUCUAUAUAAUUUAUGCUCUUUGUUCAUAUUAUCUCUUUCCAACAUUACCCGACUGGAGGGUGAUAUUUUGUCAGGAAUUGUGAACUUCCAAGUAAAAGGUACUAAAUAAGUGACUGCAAAUUUGUAUUUUACUCAGUUGCCCAUUACAUUCCAAUGUCUCAGGGAAGAGUUAAAUUGUAUAUGAAUUUAUUUAUUAAUUUAAUUUCUUAGCUUAAUUUUACAGCAUGGUAGUGCAUAUAGGCUUGUGUAUCUCAUACAAUGAUUCUGAGCAGCUUUUAUUUAAGAAAUAUUUACUUAUUAUAUGGGCUAUAUCAGUGCACUUGAGGCACACAUUUCAUAAUACUUUUGAAAGUUAUCUGAAAACUGGUGUGUUGAGGUGCAAGGUGCAAAAUCUAAUGUAUUUACAAUAUGUUUGACUAUUUGUGUGUUCAAUAAAAUUAAUAAACAACUAAAAUACAAAA